AUGGCAGAAAUUCGAACCGCCCAAGACGCACAUCGAGUAUUUGAAGCAGUCCGACAAGGCAUCUUACCUCUUAUUCGACGACGCUUGUCUCCUUCCGAGCGUGAUCUGCUCGCGUCGGGUCAAGUGUUUGUCUGGGAGGAGGCACCCACCGGUGCCGCCGCAGGAGACGAGAUCAGCCAAACCACCAGUGGCCUGGAGAGAUGGACAGACGAAAAGGUGCAAACCACUGCUGAAGAAAGACAGGCCAAAGCAGAUCGACGAGCGCGCAAAGCCUCCUCCUCCGACUCUCAAUCCCUCCCUGGUCACCUUUUGCCCAUUCGACGACAAGACAGACCCAGUAAACCCGAUGGUCUAACGAAACAAACCUAUUCCU